CUCUAGAAAGCAGGGUUUGGGGACCGACAGUAGAUGGUUUGUCUUGUGUUCCUAAUAACUUGCUUCAUUUUACUCUUGUCCAUUUUUUCUUGUGGUUGAUAUUUUUCAACACAGUUUCUCAAAUUAAGUUUAAAAUACCUUGCAAAUCCUUAACCUAUGUCCUUAAUCUUGGGCACUCUAGGCAUUCCUUCAAUACCAUUGCUCUCCUAUUGCUUAAUCUUGUUCUUAAAAGCUUCACCUGUGGUUGAUCUGAUUUCAGACACAUGGUGGGAACCUAGUGUGGAGCUUCAUUUUCUUGUUUUUAUAAGAAUAAUCUAGGGCUGUAAGUAUAGUUCAGGAUGAGCGUUUAAUUUCAGUAUGUGUAGUGCCCUGCAUUCAGUACUCAUUGUGCAAGUAGCUCUUACAUAUACACAGGGACUGAUUGUAGUGUGGUACUCGCUCUUAAUCUUAGCAUGGUAGGCUCUAAGGCAGAAAGAUUGCUCUGAAUCUGAGGCCAGCCAGUGAUAAUUAGCAAGGUAGCUUUCAGGGGAGGGGCACUUAGAGUAUAAAAUAAUUUUGUGCGUCCAGUUACUAAGGUAGGCACUACUUAAGUAUCUUUUUAUAUGUUAGGCUGGUCUCUCAAACUGUAGCUAAGGAUGACUUUGGACUUGUGAUCUUCAGGCAGUAUCAAUGGCAUGUACUAUCAUGCUUGUACAUGUGCUUAUCGCCUUUUUCUUGACACUAUGCAUUUAGGGCUGGCCUCCAACUCAACAAUCCUACCACCUCAGACUCUUGAGUACUGGGAUUAUAGGCAUGAGCCACCACACCACAUCUGUCUUGUUUUUAACAGUUUGUUCACACCUUGAGUAAUACGUAACUUGAUUUUACACAAUACGUGGCAGUGAGUUAUAAUGAAUAUUCUGUUGAAUGUACAGCAUACAUUCCUCAAAAUUGAAAAUUUUAUUUCGUGUAACAUGAAUUACAACACAUAUUCACAAGGCUACUUCAAGCUUAUGUAUUUUCAGUCCAUGACUGUAUCUUGAAUAGGAAGUAUAUUUAUAAAUGCCUAACCACAGUAAAUGUACCAGUUUGCUGAAAGGGUGGCUUAAUACAGUUGUCUUCCAGAUCCUAAAUAAAUAGCUUUUGUAGGUAGACCUGACUCUUAGUAAUUUACAGGCUUCUAUUGCGUUUAGUAAAGUGAUUGACACUGGUUUUACCAGAAAGGAAUUUCAAUUCCAAAAUAAAAUGUAAACAAAAGGUAAUGCAGCAAAAUCCCCUAUGAUUCCUUGGAGAAAGUAGGACAUGCUAGUAUUAUACUCCUUUGGAGAUGCUUCUUGACUGCCUGAGUAAUAGAUCAUACAUAUAGUAAUAUCCCAGGGCACUGAUUCCAGUGCACUAGUCCUCAGCCAACAAAACCCCCAACCAUUUUUAGGUUACUAUAUAUAAUAACCAUUAGGCCAUUAUUUGGGAAAUGACAAUCUGCAAGAGGAAGUUUUGAAGGGUUAAGAGGAUACCAGCACAGUUGGUAAAUGUACCGAAUCCAUUUUGUUCAUUCAUGAAUGGCCUUUGUGUACUAAGUAUGUGUUGAAUUCAUGUUUUGAGACAGUGCUCUGACCUAGGUGGUCUCAAACUCACACAACAGUCUUGCCUCGGCCUGAGAGCUAGGAUUACAGGUUGUUACUUUUAUAGUGAAUUUAAAACACAAGAAUAGUGGGAUGAGCUACCACCCACUUAUAUACCUAUGCACUUCCAAUUUUGAAGGUAACCCUAGGCAUUUAAUAAUGGUAAUAAUAUAGUACAUAAUUCUAGAGGGCAUCUAAAAUGUGGUGGCAAAAGCCUGUAAUCCAUCACAAGAUGAUUUUUGAGAUCAGGGUGUACCUGGGCUAAAUAGGUAAGAUUGUCCCAAAAAGGAGGAUGGGUUUCUAAAUCCAUUUUCCCAUUGCUCCAUCUUGAUUGAAGAAGCUGGGUCAUUGUAUAUUUUCCUAAUCUUGAUUUUGCUCUAGUUAAGUAUAUUCUGUGCCUUACAUUUGCUGUAAAUGGAUAGGUUUAAGAUUGUUUUCACACAUGUUUACCUAAACCACCACCUGGGGACGUGUUUGAAAUGCAGCAUCUCGGGUCCCCCAACCCACCCCCAGACACACUGACCCAGAAAUACUGGAUGGAAUCCAGCCUUACAUGUCCCAAUAAGCUCUCAAGUGGUUCUAAUGUGAAAUUUUGAAAAGGGUGUGGGUUUAGACCGUCAGUACCAGGCCCAACCAAGCAGAGAGAAACCAUUCAUGCUGAAGUUUGAAGUCAUGCAGAAAGCAAAGUUGUUUAGUAGCCUUCCAAGAAAUGAGAAAGGCCAAUAGGUAGAGCCUCACUUAGGCCCGUCCUGCUUGGCCUGAAAAGGAAGACCUUCUGCUUUGGCCUUUAUAAGAAAAGGAACACUGAAAUGAAGGACCCCACCUUCUGUUCCUUCAACCUUCCUCUGCCUGUGAAGCCAAUCUGCUCAGUUCAUCAGAGCACUUGAUUUCUAAGGUAGAUGGUGCCUGAUUCUAGAAGCAGAAAAGACAAUAUUAUCUUUAGAUUUACUAAUUAUUUGUAGUUUCGUGGUAGUUGUGACUACACUCAGUUCUGAGUUCCCCUAACAGAAUGGUUACCUUAAUACAAUGUUGUGGAUCUGGGUUGUAUUUAAGUUAGCUGUGGGUUUGAUACCUUGCACUUCAAAACACACCACUGCCAUCACAGAUGAGCUCCACAUGUUCAGUCACUUCCUCAUCAAGUUCCACUGGCCCUGCCACCCAGAGCCUGCUCUGGACCUGUGUGUGGCACCUGCCUAUAAUUUCAGUACAUUUGAGUCACAGCCAGGCCAGGAAAGUUAACAGCUGUAAUGUUAGAGCACAUACAAGGCCCCAGCUAGUACAGUGCCUGCCACUGCAAAAAGCUGGAGAAAAUGGAGCCACACCCAGGUUUUCAGGAAAGUGUUUAUGCAGCUAGUAACAAUCUGCAUUCCAAACCUCUGGACUCCUGAGAACUCAGUGCUUUGUGGUGUUCUGUAGUAGGGAGCAAAGCUGCUGGGACUUUGUGCGUUCCAGGCAGGUAUUCCACCACAGCUAUAUUCCCAACUCAUAAUGGUAUUUUUUCUUAUUACUGUUACAUUUGUGGAUGUUAAAAGACUGCGUUCAGAAGCCCUCUCCUGCCAUGUGGGUCCUGGAAAUCAAACUCAAGUGACCAGAAUUGGCAGCAAGUGCUUUUAGCAACUGGGCCUCCCGGCCACCUCAGUGGUAUUUUGAUUAGGAAUUGGAGGAUUGUAAUCCUUCAGCAGUACACAUCGUUUCUUCUCCUCCACCAUAGUUUCCAUUUGAUGACUACUGUACUUCAACUCUAAAGGCAUGAAGAGCAAGCAAGCUGUCAGUAUAGUUGAGUGUUGGGACCUGUAGGUUCAAGAGGUGAUGGAGCAUCUGUAGUCUUAGGGUGGGCUCACAAGCCCAAAAGAGUGAGCUUCCUUCCUGUGUGAAAGCUUACAGGAGGCCAUUGUUUGGGAUUUAGCUCCAGCAGUAGACCCUAAAAGAACAGACCAAAAAGGGGGUAAAAGAGAUGGUUCAACAGGUCAAAGCGCCUUCCACCAAGUCUGACAACCUGAGUCCAGUCCUUGGGACCCACAUGGUCAAAGAACUUCGCAAGUUGUCCUCUAGACCUGUAAGCAUGUUGCAUGCAUACACAAAACAUAGAAUGUGUAAACACCACAAUAGACCAACGUGGAGCAGUUAUUUCUGGUAAAAGUUCUGUUACCAACCCAAAUUAAGCUAUUUGGGUGACUUUCCAAGAAAUCAAGUGAAAGCAAAAUUUCAAAAACCAGUCUCAGCAGGAUAGGGAGGUCCCCUCUGCCCUAUUAAUUUCAAAGAAAGCAGUGUGCGGGCUAGAGAGAGAUGACUCAGUCAGUGGUUAAGAGCACUGGCUGCCCUUUGAGAGGACCCGGGUUCAAAUCCCAGCGCCACAUGGUAACUCCAAUCCCAGAGGAUCCAGACACACAAGAGGAACACAGAUGUAACAUGCAGGCAGAACAUCCUUAUAAAGCAGUCUGAAGGUAACCUGUUAACAGUAUGGUACCUUGUUAUGUUGCCCAGGCAAGUCCAGAACUGGGCUCAAGAAAUCUUGCCUCAAUCACCAGAACUACUACAUGAACGUGCCUUUGUGCCGAUACUCUUCAAAUUGUACUGGUAUCUCAAGUCAGUGUGGCUACUGCUCUUCCCUACUUAACAAGUCUGAUGGUUAAAUGAGCAGGUUGUUCCCAUGACUCUGGUGUUUUGUCUCUUUGGAGUAGUACAUUUAAUUGUACAAGUGAAUCACUUGCCCAGAACAGAUUUUGUUUUGCCUUUCUGGCUUCAGUAUGAGUGCCAAGAGGGUAGGCCCAGGGAGAUGGCUCACCAGGAAAAGCUUUGCCACACAAGCUUGCCAUCAGGAGUUUGAUCCUUGGAACCCAUGGUGAAAGAAAAGAACUGACGCCCAAAAGGUGUUCUCUGACCUCCGUUCAUGAGCCUUGGCACACACAUACCUGCACUCACACAUCAUACAAUACUUUUUAAAGGGUGGGAUGAACUUAGAGUCCCAGUGCAUGUGGUAUGAGCUUAGGGAUUCGAUCCUCCUCACAUGACUUGUCUCCAUUAAGCACUGAGCAUCCAAACAAGGGAAAACACUUCCUGAGCCCCACCCCAAAUGGCCUGUGAGGUAGUUGCCAGAGGCCUGAUUCUUGGUCUCUAAAGACCAAAUUUGGCUAUCUGCCUUAAGAAUCAUAAUAGUGACUAAAUUGGGCCCGUUAUACCUGUGAUCCCAACUACUUGGGAGGCUGUCAAAGGAUUAUAUUAGACUGUCUCAAUAUGACUUUUUUUUUUUUUUUUUUUUUUUUUAAAUAAAAGAAGGGGUUUGGUCUAGCAUGCAUGAAUCCUUAGGUUCUGUACCUAGUAAAGAAUUUAGUAUGGCUGGUCUGGAAGGAAUGGGACCAGUGCCAUAAGCUCCUUCAAGGUACUAACGGAAGCUUGACCCAAAGAAGAGACAGAACUCAGGGCAAGAAAUACACAUAGCCUGGUCAUACAGGGCUAGUUCUAUGGAGUUAUUUCUGCCACCUGGGAAAUCAUUGAGUGGGCACUUAAGUUCUGACAUAAGAUUACCAGCCUGCAGGGCUGUUUCUGGAAGUCAGUAUGAGCUGAGGGGAAAUGACUUAGAACAAACCAGAGGUAAAAAAUGGAGUCAGUCGGUAAUGACUGUUUACUCCGGUGAAGGAAGCAAAGGACAAUUUCAAAGGGGCCCCCAUUCUGAAGUGAGUGAGUGGUCUUUAGGGAAUUUCAGUCCCAAGUCCACAAUACCACAGGGCUUAAUGUCCCAUCUGCUGUCACUGAGUGAUAAAACCCAAGACUGGCCACUUGGGCUUUGCCCAACCCCAAAACUACCUCCACAAGAAGAGAUGCCAGGGCAGAGUUGCUGCUUCCCUGUGUGCUGCUGCUCCUGACAAUUUCCCCUUACAAGUUCAGCGAAUUUACUUCCAAUCCUUCUGUUUUGCUUGCUUCUUGUAAUACUUUUAAUUUAUGUGUAUGAAUGUUUUGCUUGCAUGUCUGUAUAUAGUAUGUAUGUAUGCAUGCAUGCAUGCAUGCAUGCAUGUGUACCACAGAAGUUGGCAUCAGAGCCUCUGGAACUAGAGUUACAGAUGGUUAUGAGCCACAUGGCAAACCUAGGUUCUCAGCAACAGCAACAAGUGCUCUAAACCACUGAACCACCUCUCCAAGCCCCCUUGUGAUAUUUUUUAUGUAGCCUUUUUAGGUGUCUGUUAGAAGGGUUCCAGAUUUGCACAGUCUGAUGUGUCUGUGGAAGCAGAAAUGUUUCCACAUGUGAAGGGCAAAACGCUGUUAUUCUGAGACCCUUGGACUACUGCAACAGUGACUUCAACUCCUAAUGAAACAGAAGUGUGGGCUACUUCCAAACUACAGUUUCCUCCAUGCUUCUCUAUGCAACACCAUCUGGGCCCAUUCUUGGGAAGGGGGUGGAAUGUGAAGGAAGCAAUGGACUUGCUCACUCUCUCCUAAAGGCAAGCUGGGACCAGAGGGUAAAGUGAGCAUAAGAACAGAGCUGCCCACAUCACAUCAGCUUGGAAGCGGCUCUCCAUCCCUGAAGGUGUUGGGAAUGAACAACAGGUAUUAAAACUGAUGAGGAUGUAAAUGGGCAGAAAAUAGCAACUGAAGUCUAUAUGGGCUGUUUCUGGAUCCCACCUGCUCAAAUUCUGUGCAUCUGUUUGAAUCACUAAAAGAUGGAUUUGUAAUUAAGAAACCAUGUGUUCUAAUAGGUUUACCCCUUUAAUACUUAGCCAUCUUGGAAUCUUAGAGUCUGAAUAGAGAUAAAAGACAACUGAGCGAUGGUUGUGUGUGUGUUGGUGUAUAUAAAGAGGCUUCUAUGAUUAUGGCAAUCUCCUUCCUUUUUCUGACUAAUCUUGACCCUAUGAACACAAAAUGUGAUUAAAACCGUCGAGGCCAGACAGAACACAUGAAAAGAACAGUUAAAAUCUGCAUAAAUUUAAACUGUUAGUCACAGCAAUUGGGAGAAUUUACCAUUUAAGUAAACUAUUUUUCAUCUAGUAUGGGAGUCUAAGGAUUUGGCUGAUAGCUACCACCUAAGAGUCAAAUAGACCUGUUUCUUUUUCUGUGAAAUAAGGGGGUAAAAUUAAAAACCAGUGUGUAAGGGAAAAGUGGGCCACUGAAGAGCCAAUCAGAAGACAUUUAUUAAUUAGUACCCACUCUGCUAGGAACUGGGAAUACUAAAAACUGGUGGGUUUCCUUCAUCCUAGAGUGCAGGCCCUCCUUAACUCUUGAAUUACUCAAGUCUCUGUGACGUUACAGCCCUGGGGCUAGAAUAAGAACCAAUGAAAGUAGAGGUCUGGUAGAGACUGUGAGUUAGGGAAAUGGAUGACAAAAGAGGAGCCGGUGACUUGUUGGAAUCAACACCACAGGAACCAUUAUCAAACUCUAGAACACAGCAUGACAGUCUUCCAGUAUUGACUGUAAUGUUGCCAGGACACAUCAGCCAGUGGCAGUGGGUCACCCAAACCCUGGCACGGCUGGGGUCCUUCAUGCCAGGCAAGCUCAAGGCCAGACCCGCCUGGUGCCAGGCUUCCUUGCUCUUGCUGUGCGUGCUUUUCACCCGUCCUAGGAGAGUUGCCCAAAACUCCUGAAGUCCCCUUCUCCAAAUGUGGGACCCGGGUGUAUGCAGGAGUGCGGUUUGCCUGGUACAGACCAUUCAGCUGGAGGUCCAUCAGGCUGGGUGCUGCUCCAGGCUCUGUGAUUCCCAGAAUACUGUAAGAAUCUCCACCCACUUCUCCCGAGAAGCUAGCGGGUCCCGUGGGGAAGCGGCAGUUAAGCCUGCACCCCCAUCCCACCCCCGGGCUCCGACCGAAAGCAAAAGCGGCAACAUGGGUCCAUGGCCGCUCAGACCAGGCGGCUAAGGAGCUCCGCGCUGCGCUCUGCAGGGAACGGGCCCGCCCCCCUGUGUGCGCAGGCGCGCGCCGCACCGGGCUCCCACGGUCACUUGGCGCGGGCUGCACCCGGUAGCCUUGCAGGUAAGCACGGGUCGGUGGGCUCCGGCUGGGUGCUCUCGGAACAUCACACCCCGGUCACGGCCGGCCGGCACGGCGAGUGUUGGUGUCCUGUGGGCCCCGCCCCAGGUCCUUUCCCAGCUCCUGCCGCACCGACCGCGGGCUGGGGGGGUGGCUCCGCAGACCGAGGGAUGGGCGCUGCCUGUGGGGGCUGCGGGAUGCCGGGCGAACGAGCCCACGGGCACCGCUAUCUGCAUCCAGAGCGGCGGGGAGGACAGAGGUUCGGCCUUGCAAAGAGAUGUAAUCGAUUAAGAGUUUCCAUUAAUGAGAGGGUGUGGAGGGCGAGUUUGGGGUUUCCAUAGGCCAUUUGGCAAACUUUCCGCUGUCAUUAAUUUUCAAUAUUUUUAACAGAAAAUGAGAUUUUUUUUUAAAAAAAAAAAUUGGCUAUGGAGCGGGAAAGAAAAAGCUAAAGAAUUCCGCCAUUUUGGCGUUUAAAAAAAGUAACCCUUCUGCAGAGCGGAUGGAUCAGUGACCGCCCCGCCCGAGACUGUCUGCAUUAGUUAGUCUAGGAAGGCUGGUGGCGGGUUUGGACACUCCAACCGCUCAGGGCCGCUUCCACCCGCUAGCGUCACGUUGCAGCUUUGGCGGGAGCGAGCUAGGGGACCCCCCAAGUUUUCUGUGUGCCUCCAGCACUAUCUCCCCUCUCUCCAACAGUUACCACCAGGGCAUUUAUUGGGUGUCUACUGUAUACAAGGCCUCAAAGGGCUCUGGGUGGAGUGUGUGUGGAAAGCUUGACAGACAGCAAGAGACAGCAGCGUGGACACGUUCAAAAAUUGUUUAUUGAACAUCUGCUAUGUGCAACUACUCUCAUUUUAAGUAGGAUUCCCUGGAAACACAGAUUUAAGUGUAGGUUUAUGGGAGUAGCCUUUGAAGCCAGCAAGAUGGAACAGAGACGGUAAAAUGCUGGUGGAAUCUCAACAGAGGCCUCAGCCUGGGGAGCAGGACGCCCUAAACCUGAGACGACCCUACAGAGAUGCCUUGAAUGAAGGAAGGAAACUCUUGGAAAUAAAUGAGCACACAAGAACAGCAAGAGAAAGAGAGAGGGAGGGUAGGCACAAGACAGCAGCCAUUGCAACCUGAUUUUGCAAGUGGGCAGUGCCCAUGGUAUUGGCUGGAAGCUGCCAACCAACCUGGAGUGUCUGUCUAAAGGGAGAGGAGUUCUAUUUGUGAAAGACUUGCUGGUAUCACUAUCUCACAGCCAGCAUUCACCAGAGCCCCUUCAGGAUUCAUGCAUGCUAGUCAAGUGCUUUGCCAAUAAGCUUAUACCUCCAGCUUCUGGACCUUGUGCUAACUGGGUUUUCAUAUGCUACACUUUUGCUAUUCAGGUACGUGCAUUUGUUCAAGAGAGGCUUCCACCGAGGCAUUAUACCCCUCUUUCAACUAAUCAUUCAUGGCUGGGUUUGGUGGGAGUAGUGCAUGGGGAAACACGAAAGAACAAGAUCAGGAAAGAUGUCACCUUCCACAAAGACCGACCUUGUUUGGAUAGAGGAGAAUGUGGUACCUGAAGACUCUGAGUUCUCAAAGAAAGGGAAUGGAAGUGGGGGAUCAAGAAAGAGAUUAUUUGGACUUAGUCUGGGCUUUGUCACCGGCCAAAACAACCUUGGCCUGAAUCACACUUCCUAUAAGCCAUUUCUACACGCAGUGUGUAUGUUAUCCUCACACAUGCCAUUAGGCCACAAAUUAUGGGCAGGGGCAGAUGCAGGGCCUGGCCAGAGUUCUGUAUAACCUGGGUGAAGGCCAGGAGUCAGACCUGACGCUGGUGUGCUAGGACAUUCUACUCCUCUCAGAGAUGAGACCUUUCUCAGCAUGUUGCUGAUGUGAAAGUGACCAGUUUCUCCUCCAAAAAGCCCCUUCCCUCCCCAUCCUCAUCAUCCUGGUGGCUGUGUUUGAUUUGUAGACUCUUCUGGAUGGAGGGGCACAUGGAAAUGGAGAUACUAAGGACACUGAAGGGAUCUUCCACAGGGGAGGUCAGUGUGCACCUGGUGGCCAGAGACAGCACAGGUUCCCGUCCUCACCUGCCUGCAACUGCCUUUAUUAUUCCUACCAAUGCAGCUACCCUUGGUCUGCCCAGCACAGCCCUGGAUGUGUCCUAUCCCCGGGAGCCAGUCCAUGUGGGCACCCUGGAGCGGGUGACUAGCACCAGCGAACCAGUUACUGCCACCAUUCUGCCACAGCUAAGCACCGGGCCGGGGACCAAUAGCACAGUCAGGCUUCUGGAUUGGACAGGGGUUUCCACACCUUCAGCUGGGAGUGGCCUGCGGUUCCGGAUAAACGAGUAUGCGCCACUGAAUAUGAUGGGAGUAGAACGACCACCAUGCCCGGAACGACAGCAAGAAGGGCUGGUCAGACAUGAAGGUGGCCCUACUGGAGGCGAUACGGGCACCCAGCACCCCGAAGAUGUCCACCGGAACCCUCAAGAAGUCAACUCUCAGGAACCCCCAAAGGACGCGAGCUCCUGCGAGUGCCAGACUUGUGGGCCUCAACAAGGCACUGCCCCAGACCUGGGUUCUUCAGGCGACUGCUGCCCUCCGCCUUUUCAGAAGCGGUCAGUCAUAGUAGAGAACUCAGGCUGUACCAUCGCUUCUGAGCUCCUAAAACCCAUGAAGAAGAGGAAACAUAGGGAGUACCAGAGCCCAUCAGAGGAGUCGGAGCCAGAGGCCAUGCAAGGAGAAGGAAAAGAUGCAGAGAGACAGCCUACUGCCAACACCCCAGAGAGUGAAGAGUGGAGCAGGAGCCAGCUGGGUAUGGUGGCCUUGUCGCGGGAGAAGAAGGAAGGCUGGUCCUGGGAGUCCUACUUGGAGGAGCAGAAGGCCGUCACUGCCCCAGUCGGCCUCUUCCUGGACUCCCAGGCAGUCACCCAUCACAAGAAUGGCUUCAAACUGAGCAUGAAGCUGGAAGGCAUUGACCCUCAACACCCAUCCAUGUACUUCAUCCUCACUGUGGCUGAGGUGUGUGGCUUCCGGCUGCGCCUGCACUUUGAUGGGUAUUCUGAGUGCCACGACUUCUGGGUCAAUGCCAACUCCCCUGACAUUCAUCCUGCUGGCUGGUCUGAGAAGACUGGACACAAGCUGCAGCCUCCCAAAGGUUACAAGGCAGAAGAGUUCAGCUGGAGCCAGUACCUGCGCAGCACGAGAGCUCAGGCAGCCCCCAAGCAUCUGUUUGCAAGCCAAGGCCACAGCUCUCCACCCGUGGGCUUCCAGGUGGGCAUGAAGCUGGAGGCUGUGGACCGCAUGAACCCAUCCCUCGUCUGUGUGGCCAGUGUGACUGAUGUGGUGGACGGCCGUUUCCUGGUGCACUUUGACGACUGGGAUGACACUUAUGACUACUGGUGUGAUCCCAGCAGCCCCUACAUCCACCCGGUAGGCUGGUGCCAGAAGCAAGGAAAGCCCCUGACCCCUCCACAAGACUAUCCAGACCCUGAUAGCUUCUGCUGGGAGAAAUAUCUAGAAGAAACUGGGACCUCAGCUGUGCCUACUUGGGCCUUCAAAGUGAGACCCCCUCACAGCUUCUUGGUCAACAUGAAGCUGGAGGCUGUAGACCGCAGGAACCCAGCACUGAUUCGGGUAGCCAGCGUGGAAGAUGUGGAGGACCAUCGGAUAAAGCUCCACUUUGAAGGCUGGAGUCACAGCUAUGACUUCUGGAUUGAUGCUGACCACCCGGACAUCCACCCCGCCGGCUGGUGCUCCAAAACAGGACAUCCCCUGGAGCCUCCUCUCCGACCCAGAGAAUCCAGCUCUGUCUCACCUGGGGGCUGCCCCCCUCUCAGCCACAGGAGCCCGCCCCACACAAAGCCCUCCAAAUACAGCUUUCAUCAGCGGAAGUGCCCCACUCCUGGCUGUGACGGCUCCGGCCAUGUCACAGGCAAGUUCACAGCUCACCAUUGCCUCUCUGGCUGCCCGCUGGCCGAGAGGAACCAGAGCCGGCUGAAAGCAGAGCUGUCCGACUCGGAGACCGCAGCCAGGAAGAAGAACCUGCCUAAUUUGUCCCCAAGGAAGAAGCCCCGCCAUCAAGGCCGGAUUGGACGCCCUCCAAAGUAUCACAAGAGUCCACAAGAAGAUUUCCAAGCCCUUCCUCCCAGUGUAGUGCACCAGUCCCUCUUCAUGUCCACCUUGUCAACCCAACCUGACCGCUCAUUCUCCAUGUGCUGGGAGCAGCAUUGCAAGCUCUUGCCAGGAGUGGCGGGCAUCUCGGCCUCCACGGUCUCCAAGUGGACCAUUGAAGAGGUCUUUGGCUUCGUUCAGACCUUGACGGGCUCCGAGGACCAAGCUCGCCUCUUCAAAGAUGAGAUGAUUGACGGCGAGGCCUUCCUUUUGCUGACACAGGCGGACAUUGUGAAGAUCAUGAGUGUCAAGCUGGGCCCAGCCUUGAAGAUCUAUAACGCCAUUCUCAUGUUCAAAAACACUGACGACACCUUUAAGUGACUGGCCAGGUGGGCCCUCCUCCCACCCUGGCCGGGCUCCCUCCUCAGACGGUGCUCCCCACCCCUGUCCUCUCGGUCUGACUAGGCCUGGCCCUUCCCAGAAGGUGUUUGGGAGCAGAGGAGCCUGGGCAAGGGAGUCUAGGCCCUCAGUCCUGGAGUCCAUUUGUCUCCGGUUUGCCCCAGUGAGGGUGUGACGGAACUGAGGCCUGAUGACAGAAAGGAAUGCAGGCAUCCUGGCGAGGACAGCCUGCGUCUUCAACCACCUUGGUUCUUAGGAGUUAGGAGGAGCUGGGUCCAGUAGGCAUCCUCUGCUCAGACCUGGGUCCUUUGGGGCAUCUCUUUGUGCUUUCUUCUCGGCCCCUCUCCUCCUACGAAGAAGUGACCAUGACUUUGGCAUACAUAUUUACACAUAAAAGGUGCCUCCUCCCUUUCUGCUGUUGGCUGUGCACCCUUCCUCUGCUGCCCGGUUCUUGGGCAGCCCCCGUCAUGGUCCAGCCAGACCCCAUGGCUCUUCUCCUAUAGAUGUGUAAGUCUCGGAAAUAGGAGCGCUUCCCACUGGGAGCCUCUGGCUGUCUUUCCCCUUUUACCUCUAGGCAGAGAGCCAGAGCUAAGGCACCUUCCCGACCACCACUCAGCAGUGGAGCAGCCAGUUCCGGGGCUUAGUUCCAGCAGAGGGAGCAGAGAGUUAGAGUUUAUGUUAAAACAAAUGGAGCCCAGGUUCUCUGAUGCUGCCUACACACCAGCAGAUACAGUCUGCUGGGUGUCGGGAAGAUGCAGUCUGGGCUGAUAGGCAGUCGGACUAGGAUGUCAGGCACACUGCAGUCUUUGGCCUGAGGGGUAGCUCCAGACAGCAUGGUGGCAGCAGCAUCCUAGCUGUGUCUGUGGCUCUCAGCCAAGAUAUUACACAUGCCAGUCCAGCCUCCUGCCCGGAGAGUGUAGCACUGUGUAGCACACAACCCCUGUGACAUCACAUUCACCCUGUCCCUUAAACAUUUCUCAUUUUGCCCUGGAGUCUAACAAAGACCACCUACAGCAGAGAGUUGGAAGGGUUCCUCUCCUGUCUUUGAACUCUCUGGUCUCUUAUGCCCUUCUUGCCACUCUCCCCAACUGUCUCUCACUGCCAACUGGGUCCCUGCUGGGCCUCUGGGACUUGGACCUUUCUGUCCAAGUGGAAGUUCAGUCUCUACUCAAUUACUGCCAAACACGCCUCCCAGCCAAAGUGGGGAGCACCAGAGCCCAGCAGGAGCCACUCUGCCCAUACGUGGAAGCCAGUGCCAAGCUUCAUCUGGUGCUGAGGUGGGCCUGCAGGCUGAAGAGCAGGGUCAUCUCCCAGUCCAGUACACUUGUAAGUCAUGUGGUGUAUGUGUGUGAGUAUGUGUGUGUGUACGUACAUGUUGGUCACUCAGCAGUUUCUGUCAGGUGCAGGUAUGAGGUACAGUGUUGGGAAUAUUAAGGGCUAUUGUUAAGCUAUGAAGCUUUAUUAUUUCCUCAGAAGUGAGAAAUCAAAAGUUCUGUUGAUUUCCUGUUUCAGCCCUUUGGGGACCUCCCCUCCCUAGUCCAGACAGCUUCUGGGAGAUAGCCAUUUAACAUCCAGCUGGGGUGGACAGAGCCUCAGGUUACCUUUCCCUUUCAGCCCUCAAGGGUAACUCUGAGCAGAACCUUUCUGGGAUGACACCCGGCAAGAGCAGCCAAGGGGGAGGGAGGGUUAGGUUGACAGAUGUGACAUCAUUGCCCCUUUGCUGGGAGUCUCUGCUAUCUCAGCUGUCUGGGUUGCUGUGGAACCUGCCACCUUCUGGUCUUCAGUCCGUGGUGUCGCUGACCAGUCUGAGAAGGCAGCACAUGUUCUGUGUUCCUGGCUGGUGCUGUGAGACCACACAGCUCCCAAGGAGGGGGGCAGCAGCCUUUGCCAUGCAGCUCUGCCUGUGGGAAAGGCCAGAUGGACUAACGGCCUUGGAGAAGAGGACUCGCAGGCCUCCCGACUCUGAGGCCUCAGCUCUUCUGCACUAAUGUCAGACUCUUUGGAAAGAAAGCAAAUCCUAAAGAAAUCAAAAGAAAUCUGCCUUCUGACCAUCCCACUACCCGCUGGGUCCCCAGAUGAGACUGUUGCACCUUGACCCGGGAGCACAGGAGGAGAGGGAGUGGGUGGCUGUUUCUGGCACCCUGUGUAACAUGAACCACUUACACUUUGUCCCCAGCAGGCUUGUCCAGCCUCGGCCCAGCCCUGGCCUGAGACAGGGAUGAACUCUCUGUUUAAUUUCUAAGACAGAGAGAAUGGUUCCAGAGUUUGAAAAUGAAGCCUGUUUCUACCUUCGUUUACAUGCACUGUGAUGGGGUUACAUUUUUGUUCUUGGUGUGUGUGUGUGUGUGGUUGUGUGUGUGUGUGUGUGUGUGUGUGUCUAUGUGUGUCUGUGUCUGUGCGCGCGUACAUUCUUUUUUUUUUUUUUUUUUUUUGGUUUUUCGAGACAGGGUUUCUCUGUGUAGCUUUGCGCCUUUCCUGGGACUCACUUGGUAGCCCAGGCUGGCCUCGAACUCACAGAGAUCUGCCUGGCUCUGCCUCCCGAGUGCUGGGAUUAAAGGCGUGCGCCACCACCGCCCGGCUGCGCGCGUACAUUCUUAAAGAAAAUCCUCUGGUUUAAACUAAAGUGACUCUUGAGGGAGGAAACAUUACAAAGAAAAUGCAGUAUGAUUUGUCUGUGUAUUGUAACAACACAAAUAAAUUCAAAUCAUUGAACAGUC